AAGAAAUGAUAGGAGACCUUAUUAUAAUGAUAAAAGUGAUGUAUAUUUAGUUAACCAAUAUUAUAAGAAAGAAUAUGAUAAUAAAGAAUAUACUUCAGAAGAAUAUUGUGAUAAAGAAAAAUAUGAAGUCUAUUUAAACACUAGAUCUGGACUUUAUUCUAGAAAUGCUGUUUCUAAGAAUAAAAGAAAACUCAUAAAAAUUCUGAAGCUACCUAGAACUACAAUUGUUAAAGAUUUAGUAAUGAAAGAACCUAUACUAAAACUA